AUGGAUUAUGAAAUGAAUACUGCCAAUAUCAUGGUGUGGACAAGGAUGGAUGAUUCAGAGGAUUCUACCUCCGAAUGGCUGAAUAGGUUAGAAAGGAUGAUUAUGGAAAUGGCAUGGGUGCUGGGCAUAGAAAAGUUGUUUGAGGUCUUUCCAUGCACCAAAGCACAGAAAGUACAAUUUGUCGCCUUCACUCUUGAAGAUGAAGCAUGUAGAUGGUGGAUGCUCACGAGAAUUGAACAUCAUGGGUUGACUUGGGCUCGAUUUCCGGAGCUUUUCUAUGACAAGUAUUUUUCGCAGUGUAUGCGAGAUAAGAAAGUGACAGAGUUUGAGAGUUUAAGACAAGGGAACAAGACCGUUGUAGAGCAUGAAGCACAAUUUGCAGAAUUAACUCGUUUCGCACCACAUAUGGUGGAUACGAACUAUAAGAAAGUGAGAAAAUUUGAAGGAGGACUACGGAAUGCCCUUCUCGACCGGAUCAAUGUUCCAAAAUUACCUACAUAUGUUCAUGUGUUAGAAAGGGCAAUAAGGGCUGAGGGUAAUAUCAUUGCUGAAAAUCAAAUUUCUGAGUGGAAAGGGAAGAGGCAAAACACGCAAGCACCAAGGGGGUCAAUGGCACCACCAAAUAAGAAAUCGAAUUUGCAGACCUCUAGUACUUUUGCCUCUACUCGUGACUCAGCACCAGUUUGUCCGGAAUGUGGAAAGAGACAUCAUGGACUUGUUAUAGGGUAA